GCCGUACCCGCGCCGACGUGCCGCCCUAGACCACUCACGCGCUAAUUUUACACGCUACAACACCUAAUUUUACCUACAUUCAACCCAAAAGUGUAGUGAACCAGAUUUGUGCAACGUACACACGGUGGAAGACUUUGAGGCGGGUGGCUGAGUGUACAAAAAAAGUGUUCACUUUAAAAAUGUCCGCGUUAUUAUGAUAUCGCGUAAACCUGUCCCGUACUAAAACCAAAAAACAAAAUACAAAAGAAAAUGUGUUAAAAAUACAUCAGUGUCAAAUUGUACAAAGUGUAAAUAGUGAUUUUUAUAUUAAUUAUUAUUACUACGCUUAGAUAUAGUUAUUACUUGUGUAUAUAUUUUUUUUUAAAGUUCAGGAAUCGUGAAAUGAGUUGCGCGUGAUUUUUCUUUUUUUUUUCUUAUUUGGUGGUCGUUUAUUUGUGGCAAAGAUGUCCUCGAGGACAGGACAGCGUGGUGCGUCCGUGACCACGAGUCAGAGGAAGCAUCGCUCCAGGUCUACCACCAGGUAUGACCUGGAGAAGAAGCCGAAGAAGAAGGAGACUAUGAGGUCGACUGGCACCACCAGUUUGGUGUCCAUCCCUAAUAGCAUUAAGCUGACAAUGCUGAACAGUGGCCUCAUAUCUUUUGACCGAGUGACGUUUAGACCAGAGACGGAUGAGAACGGGUCCAUAUCGGAGACGAUUCCCGACAAACCGGUGGAGAUCAAGAAUUUCCCGAAACUCUGCGAGCAGCGGCGGAAAUUCCCAGUCCUCUACAAACUCGAAUUUCAAACGGCUGUCAAAGUGGAGACGCAUUCGUGUCGGCACGCUACAAAGAAGACCAAUUUACACAAAAACCAAAACCAAAAAGUUAUACCUUACGACUACAAUCGAGUGGUGCUAGAUACCGUAGACCGGGAGCCUGACUCCGAUUAUAUUAAUGCUUCCUAUAUAGAUAGUGUACUAAAACCAAACGCGUACAUAGUGACGCAGGGGCCAACCGAGGACACAGUGGUGUGUUUCUGGAGAAUGAUCUGGCAGGAGAGGGCGGCGGCCAUCGUCAUGCUCACCAAGACCUUCGACUUCAUCAAAGUAAUGUGCGUGCAGUACUGGCCUCCAAAUAAGGAGAAGGACGAGACUUACGGCGACAUCAGCGUCGGCAUCGUGCAAGAGGAGGAACUGGCUAAUUUCCACAUACGCACCUUCAGGCUUUACAAGACUGAGAAAGAUGUGGUGGUGGAAGAACGUUUCAUCCUACAGUUCCACUACACGCAAUGGCACUCUCACACUUGUCCGUUCAGCAACGCUUUAUUGGAGUUCCGCAGGCGGGUCCGCGCCGUCGUCGGCCGACGAUUGGCCACCAAUCCCGCCGCUGGACCUAUGGUAGUUCAUUGCAAUGACGGAGGAGGUAGAUCCGGAGUCUACUUAGCAAUUGAUGCAAAUCUCGAAUUAGCAGAAGAAGAAGACUGCUUUGAUGUUUAUGGCUAUUUGAAGAAGCUGCGACAAUCUAGAAAAGGCCUUAUAGAAAACGAGGAACAAUACAAAUUCGUGUACGACACAUUAGAGGAGCAUGUCGUCUGCGGCGUGUCCUGGUUUCCUGUGUCGGAACUGUCACAAAGACUGAAGCAGAAGUCCCAAAGAGACCCGGUGUCGAAGCUGAAUGAGUACCAGAAGGAGUACCAGCAGAUCUGCAAGCAGACGCCGAGGUUCACAAUAGGAGACUGCGCUGGGGGUCACAGGGGAGACAAUAGAGAGAAGAAUAGGGACGUUCUCGUGGUGCCACCUGACAACUUUCGUCCGUACCUAACAUCAUUCCAAGGAAACAGUUUUACGGACUACAUCAAUGCCGUAUUUGUUGAUGGUUACACCAAACCACGCGAAUAUAUAGUCACGGAAUGGCCUCUUAUAAUGACCCAAGGAGAAUUCUGGUCUUUAGUUUACGACUACGAAUGUGCUGCAGUAGUAGUACUAUGUGUUCCUCCUAAAAACUCACAACAAUUUCCUCCUUUCUGGCCUGAAGGGCGCCACUCCAAGAAGUAUGGCCCAGUGUUCACGAUAGACCACGUCUCUCAUAACCACUACACUAAUAUCAAGACCUGGAUAUUUAGGAUUAACAAGAAGAUCGUGUCCCUAACAGAGUUGAUGGCCGGUGUCAAAGCUCCACCGAAGACGGUACAGCUGUUCCAACUGACGUGCUGGCCCAUGGGCCACAAGGUGCCGUCGUCGACCAACUCGCUGGUGGAACUCAUGAACAUGGUGGAGCGUUGGCGGCAACGCACCGACUAUGGGCCAGUUUGUGUGGUUUCGCCAGAUGGCCGCAGUCGUGCCGGCGUGUACUGUGCCGCCAACGCCUGUAUCGAGCAAGUCAUCAAACACGGAGAAGUUGACGUUUUCCAAGCCGUCAAGACCGUUCGCCGGCAUCGACCACAACUAGUCGAGAAUAUGACCGAAUACAAAUACUGCUAUGACCUCGUGCUCCACUACGUGCUGCACUAUUUAAAUAAAGAUAUGAACGAAAAGAAGUGAGAGUGCGAACUCAAGGACGAACUCUGGUUCAUCGAGUUCGGGCGCGGCG